UUCGAAAACUGGACCAUGGAUAGUUUCGAGUGGGACACUCUAUGGAAUGAGACCUACAACUAUACUGAUGAUGACCUGGAGGCGGCUGCUCCUUGCCGUUCCUGUACGCUGUUAGAUAGCUCCUCACUGCCCUUUUUUGCUGUUACUAGUGCCUUAGGCAUACUGGCUGGUGGGGCAUUGCUCUUUGUCCUCCUCAAACCCCUUGCCCGCUGGCCCUUAUGCCCAGGCCGGACCAUCCUGGCACAGCUGGCUGGGGCCAGUACCCUCUUCAGCAUUGUCUUGCCCAUCCUGGCACCUGGAUUGAACCCUGCCCCUGGCACCACCCUCUGUUGCCUGGGACAUGGGCUCUGGUAUGCCUCAGCUUUUGCCCAGGCUCUCCUGGUGUGUGUACAUACCUACCUGGGUCCUGAGCCGCACCAAAGGUGGCUUCUCAAGCUCUCACUGGCUCUGUGGGGUGUUGCUCUGCUGAUGGCCUUGCCUGUCGCCCUGGCCAGUGAUGUUACCUCUGGACUCUGCACCCUGUCAUUCAGCCAAGAUGUGUGGGUUUGGUGUGUGAUCCAUAUUGUGGUCUGCAUUGCCAUUUUCCUCAUUUUGCCCCUGGGCCUGUUUGGGGGAUGGGCAGUACAGAGGGUAAGAGGUGGAGGGCCAAGGCCAUGGGCUAAUGUCCUGUGGGCCUGGUUCCUGUUCUGGUGGCUCCAUGCAGUGGUGAUGGGGUAUGAUGCCCUGGUAAGGUCAGACGUCCUGGUGAUAAAUGAGUGCUUUACCCAGCAGACCCUCGAUUUCUUCUUAGACUCUGCCAAGAUCUUGGGGAUAUUGCACUGCCUAGCAACUCCUUUCCUGCUGGCACUGUUUUGUCACUGUGUCACCUGCCCCCCCACAGUGAACCUACUCUAGACCUUUCUUUCCCCCACCCCUCAACCCUCGCAGCCUUAUCCUGGCAUCUGGGAGACAAGUCCCAGUUCUCCCUGCUGCCAAUUGACAUUAAAGUUUGUGCUGCUAUGAA